UGUUCAGUCAUCAUGAACUGGCUGCAAGUGCUCUCUAAUGUAAAGAAAUUGACACUCUCUACUCGUACCCUUGCUAGAAUGCACGAGGAUCUAUCAAGUCAAAUGAAAAUUCAACCUCCGUGGUUUGUUAGAUUGGAGUCGUUCAAAAUAAAAAAUGAUCCAUCCAGCAAGAUAUCGAAUGAACAAGUACACAGGAUGGAAAAAAGGGUAGCUGAGUACUUACUUCAGAACUCUCCAAUAAGCAUAGUUCCUAUCCUAAGAAACUUGCUUCCCUAUUCCAUGCAUGACUAUUUAGGAGGAGCCAGUUCUAGAGAAUAUCCCACACUUGGUCGCUUAAACAAGUUCGAAAUUGGGACUUUUGAAAAACGCUCUAGCAGUAUAUAUUCAAGCUUGAGAAAGACUGACGAGGCUUAUGAAGAAUACUUAAGCAAGAUGCUUUCACAUUUAAACGAGACCACAAAAGACACUUUUUGAAGAAAGUUCAAGCGAAAGAGAGGAGGCUUAUGAAGAAUACUUAAGCAAGAUGCUUUCACAUUUAAACAAGACCACAUAAGACACUUUUGAAGAAAGUUCAAGCGAGAUAUUGAUUUGAGACGUAAAAUUUGCAUGGAAUUAGAACUCGUGGAUCAGGUCACGAUAUAUGUUGGGUCACAUAUCCAAUGAUAUAUGGCUAUCCUUUCCCUUUUCAUAAUAAUAAAAUGAAAUGUUUAUUUAUCCUUUCCUAUGAUUGUAACAUUU